GCAUUCUUGGCAACGUCUCGGUCGGUGAACAGGCGGCAGACCGUCGCUCAGCCAGCGGUUCUCCCAUCAAUGUCCGCGGUUACAUUUGUUUAACGGAGUAGCAGAAACAGUACAACGGCUCUAGGAAAGUAAAAAUUAUCCAAGAGGAAGAAGAAGAGGACAAGCCCUGAAGCAGACUAGUUCAUGAUGUACCAGCAAAGUUUUUCCCCACCCUACUAGUUAAAAGCUAUGUUUUUGGGAGCUGGAGGCUGCAACAUCAUUGACAGAGUGUGUGUGGGGUGGCUCCACUCCCUCAUCCUUAGCACCCCUCCUGACAUGGGAUGCCAGCCCUCUACUCUCCGGCCCUGAGCUCUCCUGGGGUAUCAUGAACAGCUACAGAGACAGAGGGGUCACUUGCACCUCUUCAGACCUUCUGGAUGGAGGAGGAGGAGGAGGAGGAGGAGGGUUGCCCCAGCGCACUCCGUUUCGUCACACCACUAAUGGGCACCCGGCUCCUGGUCACACAGACCCGACGAUGCAGCCCCGCAUCUCUGUUCCCAAAAUGGGUGUUCGUGCACGGAUUGCAGAGUGGCCUCCACGCCGGGCGCAGUCCCGCGAGUCGCUGCUUGAAAAUGGACAAAUUAUUAACAAUCACUACGACGAUUCCUCCACUUCAUCUUCGAUUUUGUCAAACGACAUCCGGCUGGUGCGCGGUGGAAUUGCCAGGUUACCCCAAAGGCGGUCAAAGGAUGCCGAGUUCAGAGGGUUUGGUGUUGAAAGAGGUUCACCUCUCAGCCUUAGAGUGUUUCCACCUUUGAGACAACGCUCUAACAGUGAAGUGACACUGAGUGAACAAGAUGAAAAUGAGGUGGAGGGUCGAGGAAGUUGCGGGAUGGGGAACAGAUUCAGAGAGUAUGGCAGCACGUCUUCCAUUGACAUCCAGGGCAUUCCCGAACAGAGCUUCUUCGACAUGCUCAGCCAGUUCCACCAGGAGAGACCUGACCAGCGCAGCUCAGCACCCAUACGCCUAGGAGAGUUGCUGCAUGCCCAAGACUUACCACCAAGUGCCCUUCUUCCCUCUCCCCCCUCACCUGGUCCCAUGGGUGGUGAUGACAGAGGGACUGGAAGGAAGGAUGAGAGAGUGAGGAAGAAAAGUGGAGGGACAGAGUCAUCACUCGGCACCUCAUCUUUGUUCCGAAAAUUACGGAGCUCUAGUAGAGGGGAACUGGACGGAGGCAAAGGAGAGAAUGAGGAUAGGGGAGGGCGAGCUUCAUCAGAGGUGUCCUAUAAACCAUGGGUGUGUCCCAAGAGCUUUGUCCACUUUGAUUCUCAGAGCAUCCUGUUUGACCUCCAUGAGGCAGCGGCUCAGCGCAGUUUAGUUGCCCAGAGGAGGAACACGGCCACGGGGGCAUCAGCUGCUUCAGCAUCAUUGUCUGUCAAGUCCUCAGCUCCCAGUAUGAAUGACCCCAUUUAUUCCAGCAUUGAAGAUUUGACCCUGAGCCUGGAUCAGGGUUCCACCACACCUUCCCUGGCCAUGGAACCUCUGGAUGGCUCUGGAAACCACAGCUCAAGCCCCCUGCUUCUUUGUUGCCCCCACUUCCUCAAUGAGACUGGCGGCCACAGGGAGCGAAAUAUCAGCUUCCUCAGUUUGUCGGCAGAACGAGGAGGAGAUGGAGUAAGGGAGGGAGGAAGGGGGUGGUUGAGGAAGAGUAACGCCAGUGUGUCAGUGCUAGAGGUACCAGUUGAACAGCAGGUGACACGACUGGAGAGACUGAAACUGUACAACAUAGAGCACGUAGACCUGGGGGCCCGAUACUACAGAGACUACUUCCAUGGGAAAGAGCACUCAAACUACUUUGGGACGGAUGAUAAACUGGGGCCGGUGGCCGUGAGCAUUCGCAGGGAAAAAGUGGAAGACACCAAAGACCUGAAAGACCAGUACCAGUACCGCCUAAUCGUCCGGACAAGUGAGCUUGUGACCCUUCGAGGAUCAAUCUUAGAAGAUGCGGUAGCAUCUACAGGGAAACACGGCACGGUCCGAGGUCUGCCGCUCAAAGAGGUCCUGGAACAGGUGGUCCCGGAGCUCAGUGUCUCUUGUUUGAGACUGGCGCUCAGCACAGCCAAAGUCACGGAGCAACUACUUAAACUGGACGAACAAGGAUUGAGUCAGAAGCACAAAGUGGGUGUUCUGCUGUGCCGCGCAGGCCAAAGCACAGAGGAGGAGAUGUACAACAAUGAGGAGGCGUCACCCGCCUUCUCGGCCUUCCUGGAGCUGCUGGGGGAGCAGGUGCUUCUCAAAGGAUUCACCAAAUACGCUGCACAGCUCGACACAAAGACCGACUCAACGGGCACCCACUCCCUUUACACCACCUACCAGGGCUACGAAAUCAUGUUCCACGUGUCCACCAUGCUGCCGUACAUGCCCAGCAACCCGCAGCAGCUCCUGAGAAAGAGGCACAUAGGGAACGACAUUGUCACCAUAAUCUUUCAAGAGCCAGGAGCGCUGCCUUUCACUCCUCAAAAUAUCCGUUCACACUUCCAGCAUGUCUUUGUUAUUGUUCGGGUGCACAACCCUUGCUCGGACAAUACCUGCUACAGUGUUGCUGUGACACGGAUGAAGGAUGUUCCUCCCUUUGGACCCCCCAUCCCCAGCAUGGCCACCUUCCGGGACCCAGAGACCUUUCGUAACUUCCUCCUAGCCAAAGUCAUCAAUGCUGAAACCGCAGCCCACAAGUCAGAGAAGUUCCACACCAUGGCAACACGGACACGACAGGAGUAUCUACGUGACCUGGCUGAGAACUACGUCAGCAGUACGCUGCUCGACUCAGCUGGAAAACUUAACAACCUCAUCUCCCUCGCAUCGAAGAAACGCGAGCGCUCCAAGGCGAGAGAGGGAGCAGAGCUGGGCGCUGCAGGGGCCGUCGCCUGGAGAGUCCAUGCCCAGGACUUUAGUGGAGGAGGGACAGAGAUCAACUCUGCCUUGGGCAUAUCAGCCGAAUACAUCCUCCUCGUAGACUGCUCCACCAAAGAGGUGGUGUUCAAUUGCUUCUGUUCAGAUGUGAUCGGCUGGACACCAGAACGCCUGGCGCUGAACAUCUUCUACGGCAGAGGAGACCACAUCGCAGUGCGAGUACCAGAGGGUUGUGCGCAGGACAUCAGAGAGAUGGUGCAGAGGUUAAAGUCGUUGACGGUGGGAUGUGAGACGGUCGAUAUGACACUUAGAAGAAACGGUUUGGGACAACUGGGCUUCCAUGUACGACUGGAUGGCACUGUGGCAGAGGUGGAGGAGUACGGCUUCGCCUGGCAGGCAGGACUGAGACAAGGGAGUCGAUUAGUGGAGAUCUGCAAAGUGGCCGCUGUGACGCUGACUCACGAACAGAUGAUUGACCUGCUGAGGACAUCAGUCACUGUCAAAGUUGUCAUCAUUCCUCCAUAUGAAGAGGGCGGACCUCGCAGGGGCUGCACCGAGGAUUAUGAGAUGAAGACCAUGGAGCAAAAGCCAGAGCCUGAGCCUCUGGCAGCGGGAUACAGACCCUCCCCUCGCCAAACUUGGAGAUGGGAAAGCUCCCCCAUUCCCCCUGGACUCCAUAGCACCCCCAACCCACAGCGCUGGGCCCCCAUGGGCCCCCCACCUCCCCCACUUCCACGCACACACAAGGCCCUGCUGCCAGUUCCUUACAGAGAGCCUCAGCACCUCAGCUCAAAGAGGCCAGUGAGCUACCCAGAGAACCACUACAGCCUGUCUCCUGCAGGAGGGGACAGAGUGGUGCCCUACAGAAACCCCUCGGCCAGCUUCUCCUCGCCCGCCUCAGGCCUGGUCGGCCUCUCCACCAUGGGUCUUCCUGGAAUCACACCGGGCCCCUUUGUACGCUACAAACCUUCACCCGACAGAUAUGGAGCAGUACAGCGCCCCCUGCUGCCUUAUGAACCCCACCUGAGUGUGGACAUCAUCUCUAGUGGAGACUCUUCAUCAGGCUUUACCAGUCAGGAAAGCACAAUGGAGCGCAGCAAAGCAGAACCCCUCUGGCAUGUCCCAGCAUCAUCGUCUCGAGGAGCAGGGGGUGGCGGGGGUGGCGGGGGGCAGAGGAGACUAAACAGACACGAUGCUCAAGGCAAAGAUUCUCCAAAUAGGCACUCGAAGGGUGAGACUCAGUACUCCAGCCACUCCAGCAGUAACACUUUGUCUAGUAACGCCUCCAGCAGCCACAGCGACGAGCGCUGGUUCGAAGGAGGAGCUGGAGGAGACCGAGGAGGCGGAGGCUGCCUGGGCGACCCUGCAGAUCCCGACCGCGACCUUCUCAACAAAGGCGGGUCCAACGACAGCGGCAUUGACGCCUCGGUCCACUACAGAAACAUCCGCCACGGAAACAUGUCCCACAAGCCCAUGCACAGCUCAGCAACCUGUGGCAACAUCCAGGAGCUGUCCAUGGGAAGAAGCAGCGGCGGAGAAGACGCAAAGAGACGGGAAUCUUCUCCUAUCAUUCCACCUGCAGCCAGUCAAAGCAAAGGAUACCAGACGAAGACAUUCCCUCCUCCUGGCUCCAGCGCUGAUAAAAUGGAGGCUUUCAAACCUAGGGCUUACACACCCCAGGGAUACAAGACUCCGACAGCAGAGAAAGCGCGACCCGUCCGAGCUUCUACUACGACACCAACAUCAGGUCACAUGAGCUUCACCCCUUUAUCCAGCUCCGCCCCCAAAGCUUUUUAUGGAAAGGGAAGACAAACGAACUGGCAGAAAGAAGACGGCAGCGCUUCACCUUCAAACACGACCAAUACAUCCGGCUCUGACGGCAGCAACACCAAGAAGCAGGUGGAUAUGAAUUCAAAAAAUGUGUUUGGACAGCCUCGGCUAAGAGCGUCACUGAGAGACCUGCGCUCUCCACGCCGGACAUACAAGAGCACCAUCGAAGACGACCUGAAGAAACUGAUAAUCAUGGACAGCCCUGGGGAGACGAUGCAAAGAGAUCCAUCUCCCAGACGCACCUUGCAACGCACAUUUUCAGACGAGUCACUGUGCAGUGGCCGCAGAGACGCCAGCUUUGCUUGCUCUGAUAACCCCAUGACCCCCACGGACGUGCUGUUCACCUGCACGCUGCCCACGCGCAAACACACCACCUCCUCUAACCACCUGCAGAGCAAGAAGAUGCCGCUCUCAGCGUCAGAGUUGUCCCUUACAGAAGUGAGAGACAAAGUUCCUCCCUUGAGGAGGCUGGACCCCGGCCUGAUGCCCCUCCCCGACACCGCCUGUGGGUUAGAGUGGUCCAGCCUGGUCAACGCGGCCCGGGCCUACGAAGGUGAGGCACAACGAGCAGUUUCUCUUUUCUCACUGACCGAGCAGCAAGCUGGAAGUCCAGACAUGAGACCGGCUACCAGUCCAGUUCAGUUUCAAACGCCACAGACGCCCCGGACCACACCGACCCUCGCCAGCGACGAGCCGCCCAACAAUCUGUCAGGUCGACUGUACCACCUGGAGGUGAUGCUAAAACAACUCAACACUGACCUUGAGAGGGAGAAGAAGGAUAAAGUUGUUCUGCUUUCUGAGAUGGCCAACCUGAGGGAGAACAACCAGCGCUUGCAGGAGGAGAGCCACACAGCCAGUGAGCAGCUGCGCCAGUUCAGCAUACUUUUUAACAACCUAAACAAGCCGGGAAGUGAUCACGACGCUCACUCCUUAGCGCACGAGAGCAGCUCGCAGCGGCAGUGAGGGACGGCCGCUGAAGAAGACUGUGAAAGGAAUAUGCUCUCAGUACCCAUGAUUCUUUGCACUCACAGGUUGAGCAGAGGACACGAUGAUGUCAGUUUCCUCAGCUUCCACUGGGCUGCAUCAAACCAGAGACGGUGACAAAGUGACCAUAUAGAUUUUUAAAAUGCAACACUCUCAGAAAGUGAGAGAUCCUUCUCUGUACUCUGAGCCUGUCUAGUUUUGUAAACCUAAGUGAAAAUAUCUCAUGUACUUGUCAUAUAUAUAAAUAAGUAUGCUACUAUGCCGGAGGAGUGAACUGGAGAAGAGAUCCCGACUGUUUUAAAGAACAAUACAUCACCUGGAGAGGCCUAAUACUGUUCCCACAGCAUAUCAGCCAAAAAGAAAAAACACAAACAAACUACAAACUCACUAAGGACUGCAUCUCCCAGAAUGCACUAGAAGUAAUGGAAGCUCUACAGACUGUGUGGUAUCUCAUUUAUAAAUAUUAUUGGCAGUGAACCCAUAUUGUUGUACAACAGAGAUGUGUGCGGGUGAUGGUACAAAUCUCAGAAGCAUUCAGGCACAACCGUGUUUGUGCUGGAAGGCAAAACACAUCUGAACUCUUUGGUGUGUGCGUGUGUGUGUGUGUGUGUGUGUGUGUGUGCGUGUGUGUGUGUGUGCGUGUGUUUGUGUGCGUGAGAGAAGAUGAAAUGAUGAAAAUACGUUUACUGUAAUGUCUAACUGCAGGGCCACGGUAUUUUGCCGUCCUCUGUACGUGGAGGAACUGUAGGCCCACAGGUGUGAGGAAAAAAACGCCGACAUGGUGAUCAGAGGAAGUGGUUGAUGUCACAAAGCUCAGUGAUAGCGUCAUAUCUGUUACUGUUGCUUUGAUUUUCAUGUUUCUUCUGUUUUCAGCAGGGCCCAUCUCAUCUUUUUUUUCUUUUCUUUUUUUUUUUACUUGAGUUAUGACAGUAAGUAUUUUAUUUAAAAGGAAUAGUGGGAAUAUUUUGAGAAUGAUGUCUUCUUUCGGACUGUUAGAUGAAAGAAUGCAUAAAAAUGUGCUGCAGAAGAAAAAGACAGAAGAUCCUAAUAUAUUAUUUAACAUAAAAGUCAUUCUGACAAUUAUGAGAUGAAAACUGAAUAAUGUUCACACCAGAUUUCCAUUUCUAAACUGUAUUCUUAGUAUUUCAUUGUGGGAAAAUCAAAAUCAGGAAGUUUGAUGUUGCCAUGGAUACAGUGAGUUUCAGUCUGAGCAGCAGCAUUAACAGUUAGUAAAUGACUGUGUGCUUCUCUACAUGUGAAUUGAAUUGAAUUGAAUUGAAUGUCAUUUCCAUCACAUGUUUAAGUCUCUAAACUCAUACACAAAACAGCCUGGAAGCUGUUUUCACAUUACCAUAGCAACAAGGACAGUAUUGUCCAAACCAGCCACAUCAGUUCACCUGCUCCUUUACAUGCUGUAUCACACUGCAUCCUGUUUGGUAAAUUAGUUGGAAACGCUAACAUUUUCAUUUCAGUAAUUUUUUGUGUAAUUCAGUGUCGAGUGAAGACGAGUCAUCAAACUCAGAAGGAAGACGAACAAGUUUUCGACAAAAUGUCACACUAGUCCUCACAUUGUAAUAAAAACAAGGCUCUGUCAACGCUUAAGUUGACUUACAGAUGUUUACUGCACAUGAAAUUCAAUCAGCAAAACUGAAGCUUCAUAUCAGACCGUGUGUGUGUGUGCGCGUGUGCGUGUGUGUGUGCGUGUGUGUGUGUGCGUGUGUGUGUGUGCGUGUGUGUGUGCAUGCUUGUGUGUAGAUUUGUUCUUGUAUUUUGUGAUGAACCCAAAUGAACACAAGACACUAUUUAUACAGCUAACUUCCUUAAUGAUAUUGUCUACUAUAACUAUUUUUCCUACUGAAAUGCAUUUGGUUUUGGAUGCUGGUACUUAAUAGGACCCUUCACAGCAUAAAUCCAAGAAAUUCCUGGUAAAAACGAUCAUCUCUGUACUGUGAUGGACAUGUACUCAUCUUCAGGUUUCAGCCUACGCCAGACUGGAUCGGUUUGCAUUUCCAGACCCGCUCAGGUUCCUCCGUAUGCUGGUAAUGAAGCUAUAUCACAACAUAGGGAAGGGUGGUAUAAUGCAAUUUUAAAUUUGUACACAUCAAUUUUUGUGCUGCUGCUUAUACAGUUUUAGGCAUCCCUUUAAUAUUCCUGGUUUCCGUGACUGCUUGAGCAUGUUAGAACCGAUAGGGGAAGAACUGAAGUUUGAAAGUACGUAAUUUGCCAAUUGGGCCAAACAAAAGGAUAAUUUUGUCUAAAACGGUGUCUCAGUUUCCCAUGGACUGACAAAAGGCAAAGGCUGUGAAUUUUUUUUUUACCUGAGCUCCCUGAACUGCUCACUCCUAUUUUCAAAUGUGUCCAUCACUCAGACAAGUUCAGUAUUUAGUAUUGUAACUUGGAACUGGAUACAGAACGUUGUUUGUCCAUAAAAACUGUGUAACAGCUUUAAUUUCAUCACCUUCUUUAAUUUGUUUCUUAUAUUUUGAGGUUUUAUACCUUUGGGUUCAGAUUCACUGCUUUCACCGGUCAGUUUGUAGUUACGGAGACAUUCCAGUUGUUGCACCAGUGGAAAAAACCCUUCAUCCACUCUGCCUCGGCUUUGAUUUGAGUCUUAAUCUUUAGUUUGCUUUUGUACAAAGGGUGAGGUUUGUUUUUAUAUAAAUCAUGCUCAUGUGUAAUUUUAAGCUAUUUAAAGUGCAAAACAACCCUUCUUGAACAAAUCAGUACUGCAUUACUUAUAUUGUAUGACCAGUUUUGUUAUUUUAGAUGUUAAAUAUUUUUAUAAUUUAUUUUUGAACACAUUGGCCACUGUUGCAGACAGUUGUGAAGAUGAGAGGGUACCGUGUAUGCUGUUUUACCUCUGAUUUGUAUGAUUCUUAGCUUUCAGCGUUGCUCUGUCUAUGCUUUCUGCGUGAGGCAGGGGUUCGUGAAGCAAAAACAAAAUGCUUUCAUUUCCUUUGGGUUGUAAUAACUUGUACAUUCAAAAGUGUAAAUUAUGUUUUCAUUAUUUUAUAAAAAAAAAAUAUAU